UCAGCGCAGGCGCGGGCUGCUUAGCUGGGCUCGGCUGGGGCACGGGCGUCUUUCCCUCGCAGUGUCUGUGCUCGGGGCCCUUCGGCUGCAGCCUCGGCUGUCAGCACCAUGUUCCUCCACUCGGUCAACCUCUGGAACCUGGCGUUCUAUGUGUUCAUGGUGUUCCUGGCGACCCUGGGGUUGUGGGAUGUCUUCUUCGGCUUCGAGGAGAAUAAGUGCAGCAUGAGCUACAUGUUUGAGUACCCCGAGUACCAGAAAAUAGAACUCCCAAAGAAACUGGCAAAGCGCUAUCCAGCAUAUGAGUUGUAUCUUUAUGGAGAAGGAUCGUAUGCUGAAGAACACAAAAUUCUCCCUUUGACAGGAAUUCCAGUUCUCUUUCUUCCUGGUAAUGCUGGAAGUUACAAGCAAGUUCGCUCUAUUGGCUCUAUUGCACUUAGAAAAGCAGAAGACAUUGACUUCAAAUACCACUUUGACUUCUUUAGUGUCAACUUCAAUGAAGAACUGGUGGCACUGUACGGUGGAAGUCUUCAGAAGCAAACCAAGUUUGUACAUGAGUGCAUUAAAACAAUUCUCAAACUCUACAAGGGCCAAGAAUUUGCUCCAAAAAGUGUAGCAAUAAUUGGUCAUUCUAUGGGUGGCCUUGUUGCAAGAGCAUUGCUUACACUGAAAAAUUUUAAACAAGAUCUGAUCAAUCUUCUGGUUACACAAGCCACACCUCAUGUUGCCCCUGUGAUGCCAUUAGAUCGCUUCAUUACAGAUUUUUAUAUGACUGUAAACAACUAUUGGAUUUUAAACGCUCGACAUAUAAAUUUGACUACACUUUCUGUAGCUGGAGGAUUCCGGGAUUACCAAGUUCGUUCAGGACUGACUUUUCUGCCAAAAUUAAGCCAUCAUACCAGUGCCUUAUCCGUUGUGAGCUCAGCAGUACCUAAGACCUGGGUCUCCACAGACCACCUUUCCAUUGUGUGGUGUAAACAAUUGCAAUUGACUACAAUUCGAGCCUUCUUUGAUCUCAUUGAUGCCGAUACUAAACAGAUAACUCAAAAUUCCAAGAAAAAAUUGUCUGUUUUAAAUCACCACUUUAUAAGACACCCAGCAAAACAGUUUGAGGAAAAUCCAGCAAUAAUUUCUGAACUAACAGGGACGUCUAUGUGGGUUCCAGUAAAAGUGUCCAGAUGGACCUAUGUGGCUUACAAUGAAUCUGAUAAGAUAUAUUUUACAUUUCCUCUUGCAAAUCAUAGAAAAAUCUACACUCAUGCCUACUGUCAGAGCACCAUGCUGGAUACAAAUAGUUGGAUUUUUGGCUGCAUAAACAGCACUUCCAUGUGCCGGCAAGGGGUCGAUUUGUCAUGGAAAGCUGAGCUGCUGCCGACAAUUAAGUCUCUGACCUUAAGGCUUCAAGACUAUCCUUCUCUGUCUCAUCUUGUUGUUUAUGUGCCAUCAGUCCAUGGAAGUAAGGUAACAAAUGGGAUAAGGUUUCUGUUAGAAUACUUUGAGGUAUUCAUGCUAAACUUUAAAUUCAUUUUUGAUGACUUUUGCAUAGGUACAGGCUUAUCUAGAACAAUAGCCAGUUUGGUGAUUAGGCUGUCUUCUAGGAAAGUGAUUCUAAAUACAAGCGGCCUCUACUACAAUAUUGAGCUUCUGAACUUUGGCCAGAUUUACCAAGCUUUUAAAAUCAACGUGGUAAGCAAGUGCUCCGGAGUCAAAGAACAAAUAACUAGUAUCUAUAAGCUUCAUAUUCCUUGGUCUUAUGAAGAUUCACUAACCAUUGCACAGGUUCCAUCUUCCACAGAAAUUUCUCUGAAACUUCAUGUUGCUCAACCAGAAAAUGAUAGCCAUGUGGCAUUAUUAAAAAUGUACACUUCAUCAGACUGUCAGUAUGAGGUGACAAUUAGGACUUCCUUUUCACAAAUACUUGGACAGGUGGUUCGAUUUCAUGGCGGAGCUCUUCCUGCUUACGUUGUGUCUAGUAUCCUUCUCGCUUAUGGAGGACAGUUAUACUCUCUUUUCUCAACAGGUUAUUGCUUAGAAUAUUCUACCUUAUUGGAUAAAGAAGCCAAACCAUACAAAGUUGAUCCGUUUGUAAUUAUGACUAAAUUUUUGUUGGGGUAUAAAUGGUUUAAGGAAUUAUGGGACGCAGUAUUAUUACCGGAAUUAGAUGCCAUCGUUUUAACUAGUCAGAGUAUGUGUUUCCCUCUUGUAUCCUUGAUUCUCUUUCUGUUUGGAACAUGUACUGCCUACUGGAGUGGUCUACUCUCUUCUACAUCUGUGAGGCUGCUUUCUUCAUUGUGGCUAGCUCUAAAAAGACCAGCUGAACUUCCUAAAGAUAUCAAAGUGAUGUCACCAGACUUACCGUUUUUGAUGAUCGUUUUGAUCAUAAUUAGUUGGACAACAUGUGGAGCGCUUGCCAUACUUCUAUCUUAUCUUUACUAUGUGUUUAAGAAUCCCAAACACUCUAGAAGAAGUGAAAAAAAGUCCAAUCACCAUAAAGACUCCUCAGUACAGCAUCUGCGCUUGUCUGCGAAUGACGCGGAAGACAGUCUGCGCAUGCACAGCACUGUGAUUAACUUACUGACAUGGAUCGUACUGCUCAGCAUGCCAUCUUUAAUUUAUUGGUUAAAGAAUCUUAGGUAUUAUUUUAAACUCAGUCCUGACCCAUGUAAACCCUUGGCAUUUAUCCUUAUCCCAACUAUGGUGAUUCUUGGAAACACUCACACAGUUUCAGUAAAAUCAAGUAAAUUAUUGAAGACUGCCUCGCAGUUCCCACUUCCGUUGGCUGUGGGUGUGAUUGCCUUUGGCUCCUCACACUUAUACAGGGUUCCAUGCUUUGUUUUCAUUCCUCUUUUAUUCCAUGCGUUAUGCAACUUUAUGUAAGACUGGACUUAAAGAAUGUAAAAAUGAUUUAUGCCUUUAGGACCAGUGAUGUAGUGAACAUACAGAUCUGCCGACAUGAACAACGAGGUCCUUUGGAGAAGACAAGUCUAUUUUUACAGUAUGAAAAUAGGAAAUUAGUUUUGUAAUGCUUGAGGAAAGUAGUUGAAGCAUGGUUUCAUUGUGUGAUGUAGCAUCUGUAUACUAGCCAUUUCUGAAAAAUCAGUGAGGGAUGUGGUAGCCACUGUCCUGGAGGACUCCUGUACAUCCACGGUGCCAGGAAUCUUCUAGAGCCUCCGUAGAUGCGGCAUUGUUAGUGAUCUCAUGUGAAGCUUCUGUUCAUUUCUUCAAAUUUUCUUUUAAAAAGUGGGUUUUAUAUUUGCUAUAGUUUACAUAUUCAAAAUAAGUCUUAAAAUGUUGUUGAAAUUCAUAACUGUUUCUCAAAAGUAAAAUAGCUGUGAAGCAGUCUUUGGUCAGUUUUUGGCAGCCAUGGUAAGCAAAGUUUGAUCUGUCUUCCUACAUUUAUGAAACAGGAGCCUCGAAUGAUAGGGAGAUAUAUUUUGUUGUCAGCCAGUGUAAGACUGACUAAUGGAAAUGAUUCAAAUUCAAAAUCCUGAGAUUUACUUGUUCCUUUCAUGUAUGAAUCAUAUGUGUUCUUGGUGAAUAUUAGAAGACUGUUAAAGAGCUCUGUUAUCAAAAGAAUAGUCUCAGAAAUUCUUCCUGCAUUGGAGCAGCUGAUUUGUUCUGUUUCUGCCAUCUGAUUUAAUUCAGCGCUCCCAUGGUUGCCAAAAGUGCCUCUGCUAAUAACAAAUUUCUAAAAUAACUAAAUUUCAGUAGUUGGAAACAACUGUAGGUUUGUACCAUUUUUGUCUGCUGACUGGGGAGAACGGGGAGUAGACGUAAGUAUAGUAUUACAUUGAUAUAUAAAACUAUUAUUGCAGAAUGAUGGUAAGCAACUGUUAAUCCAUUAGUACCAUAAAUAUAAACACUACACUUGAGUAAAUGGGAACUUGUGCAGGUUUAACAGUAGAAAUUCAAUUUGCCCAGGCGGCUCCUAGGAUUGCUGUUUGACAAACAAUAAGGGUAACAUUUUAUUUCAUUUCAAAUUUCAGUCAUUUCUUAGCUACCAAAAAAAAGGGUGGGGGAGAAAGGUGAUGGAGCACAGAAGAGGAUAGUUUCUGUUUACUGUCAGUUGAAAUAAACUCAGUCUGAGACAGACCUGGCUUACAUAGCAUUUCACUUAGGUGCAUAUGCUGUAAAUACCCAAAGCCUCUCUAGUAAAGUCCCUAAGUUUCAGUCAUUUCACAGUUGCGCUUAUGAACUUACAUCCUUACUAGUACCCAGCACAGUCCUAAGGAGUUAGUUUCAUUUUAUUAGCUGUUGUACCUGCCUGUUACAGCCUCUCUGCUACUGCUGCCUGCUAGAGGGCCAUUCCCUCCCUCACUGUAAUAAGCUGCCCCACUUCCCCUGUUAGUUCUUCCUCAGCCCUUACUGUGUCAGCAUUACAUGUAGGUGGUCGUGCUGUCACUGUUGAGAUUAACAGGUUGUCUGAUUCCUUUGUAUUCUUUGCUGGCUUCAUGCUUAAGUAUUCAUAUUUUCACUUACUAAACUAAUGAAGAGAGGUGAUUAUCCUCAUAACAGACAUCGCCAACAUUCCAGGCUCUUGUUUGGGAGAAGAAUCAGAAAGGAAUAAACCACACAGUACUGUUUGUUCAGUACCUGAAAGAGAGUGUAUUAGAUUAUACACUUCCCUCAUGGACACCACAUUUAUAUUUAAAUAGGGACAUACCUGCUUUGUUGUACCUGGACAACAACUUUAUACACAUGUUUUUAUACUGCCACUUAACAUUAAAUUGUAUUUCAAGUUACAAGUUAAAUGAAUGCUUUAACUCUUCUGAAUUAGAAUUUCUAUCCAUAUACAGAAAGAACUUUAGGAAACUCAUUAAUUUAGACUUUUUAUUGGCAGCCAUAAUUAUGUUUACAAGAUCUACAGUCUCCUGGUUUAGUAAAUACUGCUGUGAGCAAAACAAAGCAAGCUUGGGUUUCUUAUUCAUGAGCAGUGCAUUUGUUUUUAAAGCAGUAGAUUGAUUCUCACUGAAAUAUUUUUGUGGGAGUGUACUUACUACCAAGUCCUAAAGUUUUAUUUAUGCCUGGGAAAUAUUUUAAAUAAUAGUAGUUUGGGUCUUCAACCUUUGGAGGCCACACAGAUACAAACACCCAUACAUAAAGAUGGAGACAUUUUGACAAGGUCUUCAUCAGGCAGUUUAGAUACAAAUAGUGGGUAGGUUCUAUUUGUAGAUUAGCAGGAUCGAAAUUUCUAUCCCUUAAGAAAAGGAAAUUCCUUUACCUCAGAAUUGCAUACUUUCUAUCAUGUUUACAACUUAUAUUAUUGGCUGAUAAGAGCACAAUUUUUUCAGCAACACAUGUAAUUGGCAAUUAAGUUAGAGAUUAAGAGCAGUUUCUGAGUUCCACUAUUAUGAGCCCUUCCCCCUUUUUAAGAAAUUGAGGUUUUGAGUGAGUUUUGUGCUUACAAAACAAUUCUGAGACUCUUGUUGAUAACUAGGUUGGGCAUAUGUUAGACGGGACAAAAUGCCGAGGGCCCAGUAUUGCUGAAACCCUCUCAUAGGGUUAUUGCUGUUAUCAUUUAGCUCUGUGCUCUUGUGCUCGCUUUCUCUCUCUCUCUCUCUCUCUCUCUCUCUCUCUCUCUCUCUCUCUCUCUCUCUCUCUCUCUCUCUCCCCGUGUAUGUGCCAGGGAUUGAAUCCAGGGCCUCAUGUAUGCCAAGCAUGUUCUCUGCUACUGAACUGUGCACACCUAGCCCUUGUUUACACUUUCUUUUUUCUAGAUUAAUUUCAUGUCAAAAUUAAGCAAAUUCUACUCUUUUCUGGGUUAUCACCAUAAUGCUGUGGUUCUAAAGAAGCCAUUUAUGCUUGAUUAAUAUUACUUUUUGAGUCUAAUAUAUAGUGAUUGUAUAUUGAUUAAUCUUUUAAUUUUUUAUAGUCAGUCAGAUUUUAGCUGACUCUAAAGGAAUACCUUUUACUGAAUGAACUAUAAUAGUAUCCAUAGAAUUACAAAGUACAGAAUACGACAGAAAUAACUUGAGUAGGGGGCCUACUGAAUGUUUGCUGUUCAUUACGUUGUCACUCAUGUAGGCAUCACACAUUUCCACAACUUUCACAGAUUUGUAUGAGGCAGUUUAUUUGUCCUGCUCAUGACUAAGGUCCUAUACCUCCUUAACUCUUCCUCACUUAUAGCAUAAUGCAUUCAUUUCACCGUGCAACUUAUUAGUACCUCUUAUGGAAUGUGAUCCAGAGAAAUAAAGGGAAGUAAGAUGUACUUUUCAAUUUAGUUCCAGAAGAGGCAGGAGAAAUAGGGGCCAGUGGGCCUGGAGAAAUGGUUCAGUUGGUUAAGUGCUUGCUGUGCAAGCAUGAGGACCUGAGUUCAGAUUCUAGGCACUCUCAUAAAAAAUGGUGCAUGGCAGCAUGUGCCCAGCACUGGGGUGGUGGUGACAGAUGCAUCUGUCUGGGACUUGGUGAUCAGCCAGCCUAGCUAAAUUGGCAAGCUCCAGGUUCAGAAAAAGAUCAUGUCUCAAAAAAUAAGGAAAAUGACGGAGAAAGACACCCAGCAUUGCCCUCUAGCCUUCCCAUGCUCAUGUGUGUGCACAUGUAUACACACAUGCAUACACAUAAAAUUUUAAGUGUGUGGCAGAACCACAAAUACCAUGAGGUAAACUAGGGCUGAUUCCCGAAUCCCCACAUCAAGCAGGUGGCUUGUAUUUUACCUUAGGUGUUAAGUCUAAAUUAGUGCAUUGCCUAGCAGUGUCAUUUGGUUUGGUGCAAAACUUGAGACUGUUUCACUUGAAAUUUUAGGAAGUGUUUUUUUUUUAAUCAUUUGAGGAAAAUCAUUGAGGAAAAUUGUGUUGGGAUUAUAACUAGCUAGGCAUUUGUUGGUUGUUUUUCAUCAGUGUAUAGAAUUUGUGAAUUUGUCUAUCAUAGGAAACAGAAGACCUUGUGAAGUUUAAGGGUCGAAAUCAACUGAGUAUGAUACUUUCUAGAAUAAAAGGAUAAAUACAAGUCUCUAUGUGUUAUGAUACAUGCCAGGGAAGCUUCCUUUCCAAGUCAAUGUAAAUACAGAACAUACCACUUCAAAAUUGUAAGAUUGUGUACUGAGAUUUUAGUCCAGUCUUUUUGAACAGAAGACAUUUUGAAUUCUGUAGUAAAGUUUCAUUUAUACUAGAAUUACUAACAAAUUCUUUUACAAUAAGGUUUACUGAUAUGUGAGGACAUAAGAAUGUUCUGGGGCUCCUCACGUUCCUUACUUUUCAUAAGGAUUACAGGAAAAAAAGUCAUAUUGGUAAUCCACAUAUAUGAGCUAUAAAUGCUUACAAUUUUUCAUCUUUUUAAAAUAUAUUGUGAAUAAAGAAAACUGAAUUUUAUAUGCUAAUAACUUAGAUUUGAGAAAUGGUAGAAAUAGCUGUUAUUUCAUUAAUAAUAAAAUUUGGAAAUGGUAGAAAUAGACAGCUGUUACUUCAUUAAUAAUAUGAAUGCAAUACUGCACUGAAAUGGAUAAAGGUUUUCUAAGUUACAACUUGAUUGGGUAGUCUGUGAGUAGUAAUUUUUAAAUCAAGAACAGUUCUUUCUGAAAGUAUUUGGCAUGUUAUGCUGCCAAAAACAUCAGAAGCACUAAGAAACCAUUUACUUUCUGAUGAUUUUAUAUGAGACCUGAUAUCCAAGUGAGAACCAAUCUGUAAUCGUUCUGUACAUUGUAAGUUGGUGAGAAAUUGUAUCUGUUGGUGUGAUUUGGCUAGUUCGUGUAAGUUUGCAUAUCUGAAUUCUAAUCUUAGUUUAGGAAGUAAAUGUAGCCAUUUUUGUAAAGUUCAUAUGCUAUUUUUAAUGUUAUUUUGAUUUUUAGUAUUUAUAUAGUAGUAAUAUUACUAGUAAAAAUGUUUAGAGACAAAGCAUAGAGCCAGUGCUCUGAAGCCCAAGUGAUGGGCAUAUUUUGCAUUUUAUGUGCGGCUUCUUCGGUUUCAUAUUGGACUUUUUACAUCCCUUUUUUUAGGAAAAAAAGACACAUUUGAAUUAUUUUUAGCAUAAUCUGCAUUGGAAAUAGUGUAAGCAUUCUCAUGGUUAGCAAAAUAUUCUUUGCCACCAAAGCUAAAUGAAACUGUAAAAUACCUCUGGAUAUUUGUGCCAAUUAACUUUUCUUAGUAUGUUGGGAUUAAAACAAGAGUAAUCUUUUCAGUAUUUUCAUCUAGAACUUAUAAUAAAUGUAUAUAUUGUGAAAAUGUAUAUUCCAUACUCUAGUUUUCUUUGAAAAUGUUCAAAAUUAGAGCAUAGUGUAUUCUGCUGUGUCUGGUUUCUUGAAUGUUCCCUGGCUUUGCUGAGUAAAAGAUCAGUCCACUUACUAAAACUCUUUUGGCAGUUAAUUGAAAUAAUCAUUUGAAACCAUUUGGCUUUGGGUUUGUUUGGUGAUAUGAAACAUUAGUGUGUGUUGUACAGUCCAUUUUUGGUACAGUCAUCUCAUUUAUGUCAUUGAGAGUUUGCCCUGUGAGAUUUGUUUUCUAUGUUUCUGCUCAGUCCCUCUAUUUAGACACGUUUCACAAGGGAAAAUUAUCUACUAGAGACUAACAUAAUAUAACAGAGUAAACCUUGUAAAAUGGACAUCUUAUAGAAAAAUGUUAAGAAACAAAAAUGUGAGUACAAAAAUACAGCAUCAAGAUGAUGUUAUUGUGAAAGAAAACUAGAAAUACAAUGGGCUCAGAAACUAGGUUUAUCUGCUGGAACUCCUUUAAUUUAUCCUCAUAGAAAUGUUAUGGGAAUUUCUGUGUCUCGUUUUAUGGAUUUUCCUGUCAUUUAAAUACUCUUUCUCUGUCCAGUGUGGUAAUGUUGGUAUGUUUUGCAUAAGUAGCCUUGGAAGUGAGAAGGCAACACAGCCAAAUAUUGAAAUAUUUAGCCUUGCUUUGGUAGCAGUUUAUCUAAUUAUCUAAUGGGAGCUAUGGAUAAUAUUAGUAAAAAAAGUGAUAUAGGAGAGCUGAAUGUAUUGUUUUGGCCUGAUUGUACUGUGGUUUUUUAAAUUUAGGAUUAACUGUAAAUGUAGCAACAUGCCCAAGAGAAACCAGACCAAAAUUGAAUAUAUAUAUGUAUCAUCACUGUGACCUUGAACUUAUUUGGGAUAAAACAGACUGUGCCUUAAAAUGAUAAAGCAAUGCCCUGCAGCUUUGUAACUGUAUAUUUUGUUAUGGGUGGCCUUCUCAAAAUUAAUCUGAAAUCCUUUCUUUAAAGUUGUUGAAAUAAAAGUUUUAAGUACAGUCGACCCAUUCUUCCCUUGGCAUCCACACAGCCGUCGUUCUUGAGGCCUCCCUUAAUUUACAGAGUUCUGAGUUAAAAUUGGCAUAGGCUGCAUACAUGUAGAAAAUUAGGGUUGGCUAAAGUUUCUGGGGAAAAGCAUUUUAAGGGACGAUCAUGGCACUUCUGUUCUAAAUUUUCUGCACAUGAAAACGAAUCUUCAAAAUGUAUUUUUGUUAUAUUAAUGAAUAGCCUAUCAAAGAUGUGGAUUCCAUCUAAGACUUGUGCCCCAGUUCUGGCAGGUUGAGACUUGCAUUUAUAUUAUCAGAUAAGGUUCAUUUACCCAGAAAUGAUUUUUCCAGUAACCAAAUUCAGGUUGAUGUAUUUUUUUUUUAACAUUAUUUCCCCUUAUUUCACUUUUGUCUUUUUCCUGCCUGAUUAUAUUUAAGGUAUCAAAAGAAUUGACUCUUCUGGUUUUUAUUUAAUGUAAAGCCUUGCAUUUACUGUACUUGUUAAAACAAUGAGUAUAAUUUCCAUUAAAGUUCAAAUUACUAUUUAUAGGAUAAUCAUGUUUUUUUGGCAAAAGAUGCCCACAUUUCUGUGUACUCAAAGUUUGUUGUUUAUUUUACCAUGUUAAUUUUGAACAAAGACUCAAUAUGUUUCCUUCCCCUAUUUCACCUCUAUUACCCCCUGCUGAAAGAUUUUUUUAAAGUGUUCUCUAGCCUGGCAUGGUGAUGCAUGCCUUUAAUCCCAGCACUUGAGAGGCAGAGACAGGCAGGUCUCUAUGAGAUUGAGACUAGCCUGAUCUAUAUAUAGUGAGUUCUAGGCUAGCGGGGCUAUAGGGAGACCCUGUCUCUAAAAAAUAAACAAAAAAAGAGUUCUCAUAAAAUAGCUGGAAAAGACAACAUGUCUUUCUUUAAAGCCUGGUCAAAUGGACAAAAAUGUUUUUUAGACAAGGGUAUAUAAUAAAAUAAGUGGCUCUCAACUGGCAUCAAACUACAUGUUAAUGCUGAGAUAGACUUGGUUAGUAAUCAUAUAUUUGCAAACUGAUUUUCUUCUCAUCCAUAAAGUAUUAGUGCAUAGUAACAACACUUAAGAGUGCAAAGGACCCUGUACUAAAGUGUGUACUGAAAAAUAGUCACCUUGCAGACCUUUCCAUUUUGGACAUGCAUGAUCUCUAGUGCUUUGUACAAUGUAUGGUGUACUAAAUACACUUAUGUGUAAUUCUCUGUGUAUUUUCAGUAUGGUAUAAUUAACAUUGUUACAUUUAAUCCAUUGUAAUUUGGAAAAAGUGCUACUUACUGUACUUUGUAGAGUGUUGUAAACGUUUUUACCUGUGUUUCAACAUUAUGGUGUAGGUUUAAUAGGUGAAUAUUUGCCUUCAGUCUCCGCUCAGGUAUUAACGUGUAGCAAUUUUUGGUGCUUUGUUUUCAAUCUGUCAUAAUCUGGUGUUCUGGAUGUUCAAAAAUAAAUUUGGUGAAUAAGCA